GAAAGAGCAUAUGAAACCCACGACAGAUCGAAGUCCUAGUCAACGCUCCAAACUUCAAAAAGAGUUCUCAAUAAAGACAAAAGCAAACCCAGCCACGACCACCAUAAACGCUCUGGGGAACGAUGACGUCAGUGGCGGUGGCGGUCAACGGCGGCGACGGAAACGGAAGCCGAUGCGCCGUGAGGUGGGCGGUGGGGAAUCUCAUGCCCACAGCCGAUCGCUUCGUAUUGGUCCACGUCAUGCCCAGAAUCACUUCAAUUCCAACUCCAUGAGAUCGCAUCCCGGUGACGGAGCUAGACGAGGGUGUGGUGGCGACGUAUGUAAAGGACAUGAAGGACAAGUAAGAGGAGGUUUUUACUCCAUUCAAAAAGCUAUGCAAGUCAAAGCAGGUUGAAACAUUGGUAUUGGAGGAGGAUGAGGUUCCUGCAACUGGGAUUCUAAGCUUUUUAUCUCAGUCUGAUAUCAAUUGUUUAGUUUUGGGCUCUAGCAAUUCUAAUUACAUAACCAGGUAUAUAAUUCUUUGAUUUCUAUAGUGCUGGGCAUUCUUGUAGUUAUCUUGAUGUUCUUUUGCUAGAACAAUGAACUCAUAUAGGGCAAUGUGUUUAGGAGGGUCAU